AUGUCUCUCGGAUUGAAGCCGCUCCUUCUGCCACGGCUGGUGGAGCGACGCAAGCUUGAUGAUGUCCAGACGCCUCCCGAGGCAGUAGAUGGCUCGUUUGUCUUCCUGACCGACAAUACGUCAUCCUCUGACCUCUACUCGCCUGCUACUCCCGCAUUCUCCCACCGCAGCGCUCUUGGCCACCUGCGGUCCUCCAGCUCUUCCUCGUCAUUCGAUCUCGCCGCACCAGCUCCAAUCGUUCCUGACUGUGCGUUGCUCCCGAUAUGUCUGGGUCCCAUUACCAACAGCGUAUCUCCGGCACCAACUGCGCACUCCACCAACACCGCCCCCAAGCGACUGCUGCCAGAUGUACAGGAGGAGGACCCGCUUGGGAGGGAUGACGAGUGCAGCCUGUACGAGGACGAUGAUGCAGACAGUCUCGCUUUUCCCGAGGACGAGCCCAACCUAUACGAUUGUUUAUGCGACGAACCUUGCUUCCACGGCCGCGAAGAUGAGGCCGGCUCUGACUUUGGCUUUGCCAGCGACGGCGACAAUGCCCGGACCACCAUGCGCUCAGACACGCGACGGAAGCGCUAUGGAACCCGCCGAAACGGCAGCCGCAACGGCAGCGUAUCCGGCAGCUCGUUCGGCAUGGGCUCCGAAACCGAUCGGAUGGGCUCGCCGUUCACGAACCUGACACUGCGUGUCGGCUCCCGCAUUCACGCCCUCUCGCGAUGGCGUAGUGGCAGCUCCGGCAGCCCUCGGUCGGGCAGCAACACAUAUGCCAAUCUCAUUGGAGCACCAGCCUCUGAACCGGCCCUGCUACCGUCUCUAUCUCGCGCACCCUCCCGGACACCUUCCAGCCGGUCCUCUCUUUCGGUUUCCCGGUCCGUUUCUCGGCAGCCUUUCUCUCUAGGAGAGCUUACCCGGAGCACAUCUGUGUCUUACUACGGCAGCACCGACAGCCUCCCCUCUGCGGCCGCGACGAACGGGGCGACAGUCUCGUCCGGAGUCGGCCUGACGAUCGACAUUUUGGACGUGCAGGAAGAAGAGGUGUGGCGCAGCAUGGAACGCGACCGGGCCAAGGCGACGACGCCGCUGCUCCCACCGCUGUUUCUGGACCGCCUGCCGCCUUCGCCGGCAGCGACAUCCAUGCACUCGCAACCUCCCUCGCUGCAGACAUCCCCAAUUAUUGCAUCCCCCACCGGUGGAAUGUUCCCUGACGCGAUCACUCGGGUGGCGUCGACGACGACGUCGCCUGUGUUCUCGGACACGAUCUUCUUUCCUGGCCAGCCCGCGAUGCUGAGCCGAAUCAACACGACGACUGCGACGAGAUCUCCCGCGGAGGUGCUCCCAUCGCCACCGCUGAGCACGAAGCAGUCGGUCUCAUCCUUCCGGCCACCGCACGUGCCGCACCUCAGCAUCUCGGGCACGUCGUCCAACGGCAGCCUGUUGGCACCAACACCAAUGUCUCCGCAGUCGGUCACGGCCCCAACCCCGCUCGAGUCGCAUGACGAGUGGUCAGACCGGCUGGGCCACGCCAACUACACGAUUCUGCCGCGACCGUACCGGCCGACGGAGGUGGCGAGCAGGUAG